AUGGCGUGCGUGAUCUCGGCGGAGGACGUGCCCUACGAGGAGGACGUCCUGCGGGAACCUUUCAAGAUAGCGUCAUGGCUGUGCUAUCUGUCGGCGCGCGCUGAGGCGCCGCCGGCGAAGCGCGAGGCCAUCUACGAGCGGGCGCUGAGGGUGCUCCCGGGAUCGUACAAGCUGUGGCACGCUUACCUGACGGAGCUCGCGGACGCCGCGCGGCCCGUCGCCGUCACCGGCCGCGCCGCCCACGACGCUGCCCUCAACGGCGCCUUCGAGCCCACCCUGGCGGCGGGCAUGUCCCGGAUGCCGCGCAUCUGGCACAUGUACGCCUCCGCGCUCCUGGACCAGCGCCUGCUCACCCGCGCCCGCCAGGCCCUCGACCGCGCGCUCCGCGCCCUGCCCGUCACGCAGCACCACCGCGUGUGGCCGCUCGUCCUCCGCCUCGCCUACUUCCCGGGCUGCCCCGCCGUGACCGCCGUCCGCCUCCUCCGCCGCUACCUACAGUUCGACCCCGCGUACGCCGAGGAGUUCAUCGCCUACCUCGUCUCAGCAGGCAGGUUUCGGGAGGCGGCCGAACAGCUCGCCACAGCCAUCAGUGACGACGGCUUCCGCUCGGCCAAGGGCACGACCAAGCGCCAGCUCCUGCUCGACCUAUGCGAUCUCCUCGCCAAGCACCCCGACGACGUCGCCGGGAUGCCCGUGGAAGCCAUCCUCCGCAGCGCCGUCUGCAAGUUCCCCGAGGAGUACGGCGUGCUGUGGACAACUCUAGCGGUCAAGGACUUCAGGCUGGUCUUCGAGUCCUACCUGCACUUCGAGCACGCCGUGGUUGCCGCGGAGCCGGAGCUCGACAAAGGCGGACAAGAGGAGAACUCUGCGUCCGUCCUCCAGGGCUGCUGGCUGGCCGACAAAGACGACGCCGACCUGAACGUGGCGAAGCUGGAGCGGCUGCUGGAACGCCGGCCGGAGCUGCUCAACCGCGUGCAGCUGAGGCAGAACCCGCACGAAGUCCAGGCAUGGCACGAGAGGGUGAAGAUAUUCCACACGGACCCGGCGCGGCAGGCCGCGGCGUACGCGGAGGCACUCAGCACCAUUGAUCCGAUGAAAACACCGGGAAAGCCGCACACGCUCUGGCUCGCGUUCGCCAAGAUGUACGAGGGCCGCGGUCUGCUCGACAGCGCCCGGGAGGUCUUCCGGCGCGCCACGCAGGUCAACUUCAAGGCCGUGGACGACCUCGCCGCCGUCUGGUGCGAGUGGGCGGAGAUGGAGCUGAGGCACGACAACCACGAGACGGCCAUCGACCUCAUCCGGCAAGCGACGUCGGAACCGUCGGUCGAGGUCAGGAGACGGGUCGCCGCGGCGCCGGCCGAGCGCGGCGAGACGGCCCAGAUCAAGCUGCACAAAUCCCUCAAGCUGUGGUGCUUGUACGCCGACCUGAUGGAAACACACGGGGCGCUGGAAUCUACCUGCGCCGUGUACGAGAGGAUACACGACCUGGGACUGACCACGCCUCUGCUGGUGCUCAACCACGCCUCACUUCUCCAAGAGCAGAACCGGUUCGAGGACGCGUUCCUGGUGUGCCAGAGGGGCGUCAGGUCCUUCAAGCACCCUCACGCCGAGCCGAUAUGGGCGGCGUACCUGGCCCAGUCCGUCCAGAGGUACGGAAGAGCAGGCCGGAGAGGGUGA